GUUAGAAAUGAUCAAUCCCUCUGAACCUUCUGUGAUAACGGUCUCUCAGUUAACACCUACUAGCAACCCCGCCGCUUCUCCCGUUCAGACCCCACCAACACCAGUGGGAGCCCUUGAACCUCGCUCCGCACAGCAGCCUGCGGCGCCGUCAGAUGACGACGGAUCUCUAAGCUCCCCCCUUACAUCUGUCACUACAGUCGCUUCAUCCCAUCAAGCCCCCUCUCGCUCGCCGGUGCAGGCCCGCGGCAGGCACCGUAGCCAGUUCGUGCAGCGGGUCGCCAACAUCCCCUUGCUGCGGGGCCUUGGCGGAGUGUACGGCAACGCAAGGGCCUUGCCGCUGAUGGGCUUCGCCUUGACCGCGCUGGAGCGAGCGGUGUGGCUGGCCUGUGCCCCGGCGGCCUUAAUCGUCAGCCCCAUCACAGACGUAUGCGGGGCCCCUUUGGUGUACGUUGACCGGUGCGCCUGCAUGGGGUUGGAUGCUGUCGAAAGGAUGUUCCCGUGCUUCUUCGUGCCACCUGAAGAGGCAAGUGUUCACUCGAGCAGUACCAGGAUGUGGUCUCGGCAUCUACAACUUUCCUCUCGAAUUGUGUGUGUUGUGUGCCCAGAACUGGAAAGUUUAAAUCUUAAAACGAGGAAAGAGUUCCGUUGUGGAAACAGUGUACAAGACACUGUAUUAAGAGUA